AUCAAGUUCCUUAAGAAUAGUAUCAGCACGAUUAACAGGAUUGGUCUCACUAUUAGUAAGCUCUUCUUCAACAUUGAAAAUAAUAAUAUUAUUCGACUUUUCCAUGUAUCCAAAACGUUAACACGUGUACGCAAGGUGUCGAUUUGUGUUUUAAGUUCCUCGUUUUCUUUUCUUAAUUUAGCGAUAUCUGAACAUUUCCCCGAAGGAUGCUGGCACGUCACUGUAGACACUUGGAAGCCGAACGCAGGACCAACCGGCGACGUGAUCAUCAGUGACGAUUUCUACGAUCAUUCUCGACGAGCCGAAGAAGAUCAUAACGACCUAUGCGCUACCUCCGCCGCAACAAUCGCCCCUGCAGACGAUGAAUUCACAAAAUGCCGAAAAUCUAGAACUGCGUUUACAAAAUAUCAAUUGGGAUGGCUCGAGAGAGAAUUCGAAAAGUGUAAAUACUUAACCCGAUUAAGACGGUAUGAAGUGGCUCUAAUACUUGGUCUCACCGAACGACAGGUAAAAGUGUGGUUUCAAAACAGACGGAUGAAAAAAAAAAGGCUGAACGAAGAACAAACUUACAGCUGAUAUGAAAAUGAUGCAGAUUUUCAUACUUUAUUAACUUCGCGUGUGGCGUCGAGAUAUCUACACGGUUUUGUGUUUUAACAACGUCCGUAGCAUUAUACAUACCUAUUUCGUUUUUUUUUCCACAGCUUAAGCCUUAAUGGAUUUUUAAUUGUACGAAAUUGAGUACUCCAACUGUCACUCGGAUUAA